AUGUCUUUUGAGUUGGUCAGUAUUUUGAAUUUUGUCCCAACUUUCGAACAAUCACCAACCACCAGCCAACAGUUGAGUCCAGACCUAGCAGACAUGGAAGGCGGAAUGGAAGACAAAUCCGAAGCACGCGUGGCACGCUCAAACGUAGAAAUGGUCCCACCAGGACAAGUCCGCUCGAUCUCAAAAAUCCAAAGGGCCAUCGCUGUCGCAAUCGUCCUCGGCAUAUCUUACCAAUCCAUCCCAUUCACCCCGUUCUUCCAGCUCUAUCCCGCGAAAAUCUCAGAAUUGCUGGAUUAUCUACUUCACGCCCACGUCUUCAUUGGUACCUUGUCCCUUUUAGAGCAUGUGGUGAGCGGUGUCCAGAGUCCACGCAGCCUGGAGGUAUUCAACUACGUCGCCGGAGGUACGCUCCUGGCCACCAUCCCGAUGACUGAGAGCUGGGGGAAACAAGCAUCAAUUUGGGCCGUAUUCAGCGGAUGCUGGGGGUUGGGAUGGUGGAUCAUGACACCAGGAAAGAGGUGGGAGGCUGGGAAGGGUGUCUGCUUGGUUUUGGCGAUGCAUUGGCUGAGCAAAGUCUUGACAACAGCGGCAUGA